CUCCGUUGGAGGUAUAGCAUUACUGCUAUAUCGCACAUUUAGCAUCACCGGAGGACUCACAAAUGUCUGACGAUAUGUUCGCGCCGCCCGUGAACCGCACCAUGAAGGUGCUGGACCGCGGCUUCUUCCAAAAAACCGUGCAAACCUCCGCUGCCCGCAUCUUCAACAACAAGGACAUCUCUCGCUGCCGCGCUGAGCUGGAGAAGAGUCGGGAUGCUAUCAAUAUGAACAGGAUAAUGCCAAUCAGACCGGAUCCGAGCGCAGAGCGGGCACAGAAGGGAGGAAAAUGCAUUCUGCUUCGGCCGGAGGUGCUGCACAACGAUCCGAAUACAUGGAGCCCUAAAAUGAAGGACCUCGAAAAAAGUGGCACCCUCGGUGUAAUACCAUUCCAAAUCCAUCUCGACUACAACUAUUUCACCUACUCCGAAAUCAUGAAUGCCAUUAUACCCCCGCCGGAGGAAAAGAUACAUGAUGAGAUACCUACUGGUUUCAGCCAGGCAGGUCAUGUCGCACACUUGAAUCUGCGGGAGCGGUACUGGCCCUACAAGCACCUAAUUGCGACGGUUCUUGCCGACAAGAACCCCACAGUUCGUACUGUCAUAAACAAGCUGGACACAGUGGGCAGUGAGAACGCAUACCGGACAUUCCAAUACGAGGUCCUCUCUGGGCCUGAUGAUAUGAAUGUCACGCUCCGCGAACAAGAGUGUACCUUCUCAUUCGACUUCUCCAAGGUCUACUGGAAUAGUCGCCUACACACUGAGCAUGAGAGACUCUGCGGCAUCUUCAAAGAAGGCGAAGCAAUAUGCGAUGUGAUGGCCGGAAUAGGACCUUUCGCCGUUCCAGCAGGCAAGAAGAAAGCUUUUGUCUGGGCCAACGAUCUCAACCCAGACAGCUACAGCGCUCUCGUGAACGCCAUCAAAGCCAACAAAGUCGGCGAUUUCGUCCGACCCUUCAACACAGAUGGCCUGCAGUUCAUCCGCACAGCAUCCGCCGAGUUGCUCCAAACCGACUACUCAGUUCCAAUAUUCGCCAAAAAGAAAGUUUCGCGCAAUGACCCAAAACCCAGGUCUCCGCCUAGGCCUAUCAAAACGCUCGUACAACCGCGCAUCUUCUCCCACUAUGUCAUGAACCUCCCCGCCUCGGCAAUCACGUUCCUCCCCUCUUUCAUAGGUGUUUAUUCAAAUGUUCCCGGCGUCCCUGCAGAAGAGAUACGCAAGAUGUUCGCGCCCCAUACUGAUAGGCCGAUGCCAAUGAUUCAUGUGUAUUGCUUCAGCACGAAGAGCGACGAUAACGUUGCUGAGACGCAUGAGAUCUGCGCUGAAAUAUCGAGACAGUUGCAGUAUGAGGUCACUCCCAAUACUCCGGACCUGCGAAUAUAUGAUGUGAGAGACGUGGCGCCGAAGAAGAGGAUGUUUUGCGCCAGUUUUCGGUUACCGGAGGAGGUCGCUUUUAGGGAGGCGUGAGCGAAGAAUUUACCUACUCUACCUAUGGUUUGAGAAUCUCAAGUGGGAGAGCAGGAAAGAUACCCUAAUCUUAGCGAAAUUUUGGGCAUGCGUAUCUUCGUUGUUUGAUUCUGUGCUUUCACUUCGUCAUUUCAUUCUUCGUAUUGCACCAAGACGACAUUCAC